AUGGUCGAGCUUGCCCUGGCUGAGGAGGUCCUCAGAGCCGCUGACGGGCUUCCUCCGCUUCCUCUGCGCGUCUUCCUUGAUGACAAGUCUGCGUGGUGUCCCGCGAUCACCAAGCAUAUCGAGAAGAACGAGCUUCCACCCCUCCCCCAGACCUUCAUCGCCGCAGGAGACCCACGACUACUUCAGCCUCCGACCUGGCGCGAGGUCCUACGAGCACAGUUGAAUUGCAUGGGAAAUAGUACUCAGUUGAGCGACAUUCGAUUGGGACACAUCAACCGCAAGGCAACGAUACAAUUAAGACUACGCGAAGAUGGGGAAGACGAGGUCAUGGAAUCCGGCGAGCCUCCACAAUGUCCGCCCGCCGUAUAUCAACUGUUCCGAUUUCUUGACCUUCCCAGAGAACUGAGGGACCAGGUUUACCACUUCAGCCUUGUCAGGAACCGAAUUGGCGUCCAAUUCCACAACAAGGACAAAGCCGGAGAGCCCCAUCCCAAAGCCGUCAAUCCAGCACGAAGCCAAUCAAUCCAUUUGGACUUCGAAGGCAAUAACCCAGAGGUGCCCCAGCUCGACUUCCGCAACCAGCCUCGCGCCUACGACUACGAGCUUGCAUCUCACUGCCAAGAACUGCGGCCCCACGAGAAGAAGGAACCCCGCGCCGACACCCACAUCUUUCUGGUGAAUAAGCAGGCGUAUGAAGAGGCAACUGAGAUGUACUAUGGCAGAAACACAUUCGAAUUUAAUCACUGCAGAGCGUCACUUUGGACGUGCUGGAUACCCGUCCAAUUCCUCAUGAGCCUACCGGAGGAGUCUAUGCAGAAGAUUCGUUCCAUGGACGUGUGUGCUCAGUCGAGCUGGGAAGAUGAUCGCGAGGAUGAGCAUAGCUUUCUGCCCCUGAACAAGAUGCACCGGACCUCGAUAUGCGAGAAAAUCAGCAGAAGUUUGCGACUGAGACACCUUGGCCUGCAUAUAUUAGGGGAGUCUGUGGAGAUAACGCCAGUCAAAGGGCAGGGCGCCUGGAAACCUCAAGAUCCGGACAACCCGGACAAAGCACUAAAACUCGCUCAGCAUCAACAGGCCGUGAAUGAGCUCCUAGCAUUGGUUACAGGUAUCCAGGACUUGAAGAUCCAUUUCAUAUAUCAAGGUCUUGUGCGCCCCGGAGUGGACAUGCUCAGAUACCUCCGCGCGAGUGUCUUGCCUGGAUCUGAAAAUUGGGGCAUCAAUGGUAUACGCGUAAGGUGCAGGCACAUCGGUGCCCAUGGGUGGUAUCGAUACAAACAGGGAACGCGAUGGGAGGUCAUCAGCCACGACAACUACAAGGGAACAUCACUACUCGUCAAGGAGCGCACUGAUCCGAAGGACAUGUGGUGGAUCAAGAAGAAGCCAGCAGAAGCAGCCAGCGGAGCUGAGGACGAUCAGACCGCCGUGGUCGACAACGGCAUUCAGAAUACAAAGAAUACCGAUGGACCCGCCGCUCUGGAUCUCGACAAAUUCAGCGUCGAUUCCCGGGAGUCUCUCAUCAGCAUUCCCGCCGACCCAGUCGAUGUUCAUAGCCACGCCGGCAGCCGCGAUAGUCUUGCGAGUAUAACUGAGUGGAAAGACGGCACCGUGGAAUUUGAAUCGUUCCCAGUCUUCACUAUUCAUUUCUCGGAUCCCCUUCACAUUUCCCUGGUUCACACUGACAAGUACACGUAUCAACCGCCUUCACAGAGUCAUCCCCAAGAUCGCCCCAUGAAUCUCGCAGCUCCACCCUCCCUCAUUCCCGUUCCCAAGAAACCUGCAACCACAUAUAUCACAUCCAUACAUAACUCCAUGCAAACUCCCAUCAUCAUGGAUUCCACCCUCUCCCCCUCCCACCCCACCAACCCCCCCUCAAAGCCCUUCCCCCCCCCCCCCCCCCCAAGCUCCGCCUCCAAAUCUACGAAACCGCCUUCAAAAGCGCCCACCCCAUCGGCAUCGUCCCCUGCGCCGAAAGCUGGGCAACCGAACCCCCCACUCCACCCCCAGCCUGCCCUCACGCCUCCCAUUUGCGCUAUUGCUGGCCAAUAA